UGGACUUGUCUCAACAGGACACCACUAGAGGACGCUGCUCUUUGAGCUUAGGUUGUUGAUAUGCUCGCUAUCCAAGGCGGCGUUCCUGCCAGAGGCACGCUGCGUAUAGCUUGUGGCUCGCCCGUGCCCAAAUGCCUCGGAGCGUUCUCGAACAGAAGAUACCAUGAUGAAUCGUUCGGGUUUCGUGAGCGUCCCAAGGUUGUAGUAACUGACUAUACCCCUGCGCAACUGCAGAACCGCAUCGCUAACGCGCCUCUUCUUCGUUAUGUCGACUCUAUGCGCUUGCAUGGUCAUCGUGCUGCGCGAAUCGACCCCCUGGAUCUCAUGCAACGCGUCGAAGUUGCCGCGCUUGACCCUACGCGCUAUGGUCUCACCGAUUCAUCGCAGAAGUACGACGUCAAUGGAAUCGUAUGGACUCAACCUGUGCAAGCAGGCGACCUGCAGAGCGGAAGUGCUGAAGAGGCAGGUGAACAAUGGAUGUUGGAGGACAUCACUCGACACCUUCGUGCGGUGUACGUCGGACGCAUCGCGUAUGAGUAUAUGCACUCACCUUCGAAGACCGAACGGCUCUGGUUUUCGCAUAUUCUUGAGUCCGAAGACCGCAACUCAGCGUUCGUGUCCGGGGACGUGACGAACAAGCGCAGGAAGAGGAUACAUGGGCUGCUCGCGAGGAGCGAGACGUUCGACCAGUUUUUGCAAACCAAAUUUCCGAACUUGAAACGCUAUGGUCUCGAGGGCGGCGAGUCUAUGCUGCCUGCCCUCGACACGCUUUUCCAGGUAGCUUCCCAAGCGGGCAUUCAACAGAUCGUCCUCGCAAUGCCUCAUCGGGGCAGGUUGAAUCUGCUCACAGAUCCGGAGCUUUUGCAGUACCCUGCCGUUGCGCUGUUCCACAAGAUCAAGGGUGGUAGCGAAAUUGCGGAAGAAUAUGCGGCCAGCGGCGACGUUAUCAGUCACCUUGUUGCUUCUCCUACACUACACUACGAGGGCUCCCCCAAUCCCAUCAAGAUCUCGUUGUUGCCUAACCCAUCCCACCUCGAGGCCGUAAGCCCAGUCGCCCUUGGCAAAGCACGCGCAAAGCAGUACUCCCUCCUCAGGACCUCGCCUCAAGACUGCCAACUAGGCGACCGCGUCAUGUGCGUGCAACUACACGGAGACGCAAGUUUCACUGGUCAAGGAGUGGUCAUGGAAACGCUCGGUUUGAGCAAUUUGCCUCAUUUUACCAGUGGUGGGAGCGUCCAUAUAGUGGUCAACAACAACAUCGGAUAUACGACGCCAGCUGCCAGUGCACGUUCUUCGCUGUACUGCUCUGAUAUUGGCAAAAUGAUCAACGCGCCUGUUCUUCAUGUAAACGGAGAUUACCCAGAAGAUGUUGCCCGCGCGGUGGAGACCGCGUUUAAAUACCGCAACCACUUCCGGAAAGACAUCAUCGUCGAUCUCAUUGUGUACCGAAGAUGGGGCCAUAAUGAACUGGAUGAACCGGCGUUCACUCAGCCUCGCAUGUACCAGAAGAUUCGGUCUCGCAAAUCUGUCCCGACUCUAUACGAGGAGCGCUUGGUAGAUCAGCAAAUCAUCUCUCCCGAAGAAGCAACUCGUGUUCGGUCAGGGUACAAGGCGCAACUAGAUAGCCAACUUUCUCAGCUUUCGUUUUUCACGCCGCCGGGCGUGACUUUCGACGGGCAGUGGAAGGGCAUGACAUGGCCGAAGUCGAAGGACGCGGCUCGCGACCCGGAAACUGGCGUGGACAUCGAAACUCUCACCCGUGUAGGACAAGCUAGUGUUACCGUCCCGGCUGGCUUUGAAAUUCACAGCCGGUUGCGUAGGCACGUCAAGCACAGAUUGGAGAGCAUCCAAGCUGGGAAGGGGUUGGAUUGGGCCACCGCCGAGGCCAUGGCAUUCGGGUCCCUUAUGCUCGAGGGGUGCGAUGUGCGCAUAUCAGGACAGGACGUUGGUCGCGGGACGUUCAGUCACCGUCAUGCCAUGUUCGUGGAUCAAAACAACGAGAGCGUUGUCGUUCCCCUCAACGCUGAGUUGGGAUCAGAAGGGAAGCUCGAACUUGCCAACAGUUCCCUCAGCGAGAUGGCUGUACUUGGGUUCGAAGUUGGUGUCAGCUGGGAGCGUCCCAGUCUCUUGCCUAUAUGGGAAGCGCAAUUUGGGGACUUCUUCAACGGAGCCCAGGUCAUCAUCGACACCUUUGUGUCAUCUGCAGAGACGAAAUGGGCCAAGCAGAGCGGCCUAGUUAUGCUUCUCCCUCACGGGCUGGACGGCGCCGGGCCAGAACACUCGUCCUCUAGGCUCGAGCGCUUCCUUCAACUGACCAACGAUCAAUAUACGUAUGAGCUCGGCAAGAGCUCCGGUGAUGUGAACAUGCAUGUUGUCUUCCCGACCACCCCUGCCCAAUACUUCCACCUCCUGAGAAGACAGAUUAAACGCAAUUUCCGCAAGCCGCUUAUUGUCGCCGCCCCGAAAGGUCUUCUACGACUCCCAGCUGCAGCAUCCUCGCUUCAAGAUCUAGCUCCCGCAACGCGAUUCCAAGCUGUGUUGUCGGAGAUACAUCAGGCACCCGAGGACGUACGCAGAGUGGCACUCCUGAGUGGCAAGCUAUACUACGAACUUGUCAAAGAGCGUGAAGCACGGAAGCUGUCCAAUGUCGUGGCCCUGAUCCGCAUCGAGGAGCUCUGUCCGUUCCCCUUUCAAGAGCUGCAUAAGACGCUGGAAACCUACAAAAAUGUUCGGGACGUUUUCUGGGUUCAGGAGGAACCUAGAAAUCAAGGCGCGUUCGCUCAUGUCCAGGGUCGCAUACAAGAAGUGCUGCACAAGCUCGGAAAAGAGCCGCUGCUAUACAAGGGACGGGCCGAGGACGCCGUACCUGCACCGGGUGUAGGCAAGGUUUAUGGCGCGCAGCAGAAGGCAAUCGCAGAUUCCGUGUUCGAUGGAUUGUAAAGCUACUAUGCCGCUGAAAAUGACAUUGUAUUGCGACA